UACACAGUGACUGUCUGAAGAGCUGUGGAUGACAAAGACUGAAGGAAGUGUUGCACAUUACCAGACACACAGAGGGGCCAGUGCGACACAGAGCCUACACUAUCUCUGGAUCAGUGACGGAACAAGAGGAGAAAACAGGAUGGAGGCAGACAAAAAGACAGUCAGUGUGAUGAGUGACCAUCAGGCAGCAUCCAGAUCUCCUGACUGCCCUCAGUGUCCCCAACACAUCCUGACAGGGGCAGAGGCAGCCGUGUCCUACUCCCAGUUCUGUGAAGCAUUUGGCUUUCCCAUGGGGCCCUCGGGGGCCAGGGCCCUGCGGCUGUUCUAUGAGCUAUGGGGCUCCAGUGGGACCUUAGUCAAGAGGGGCCAGGCUAGCAACUGUCUUGCACAAGGUCAACACCCUGAGCCCCUGCUGUUUGACCAUCAGGGCUACUUGUCCUCAGUACUAGAUUUGUGUGAGGAAGUGAGCUACAUCAUACUGUACUGUAACUACACGCCGUGCCAGGAGUGUUCCCAGACCCUGAUCUCCUUCUUGCUGCACUAUCCAUGGGUGCGCCUGGAUCUGCUCUUCUCCCAGCUCUACCACACAGCCCCCAGCCAGACCCACAGUCUGGACAACCAAACAGGCCUCCGCAGCCUGGCUGCCCUCUGGCCUCGACUCACCCUCAGCCUCAUCUCUGGAGCUGCUUGGGGGCAUCUGCUAAGGUGUUUUGUUAGAGAUGUCCCACCGUCGGCCCUACAGCUCCCCCUGCUGCCUGAGAGGGUAGAGGCGGACAGGGUUAAUGCAAUUCAGAUAUCAGCUAUUACAGGCAUAGGCCCUGCCUUUUUGGACCUCCCACUGAGGACAUACACAGAGCCUGUGGAGAGAACCCACACUCCCCAAGCGCUCACCCUGCUCUCUCCCCCACACCUGAACACAUCCAUGCACAUCUCCACACCCCAAUCUAGGGUAGUUAAUGCCCCCUUCCCAGCCUAUCUUCACCCUAUCAAUGUGGUCAGACAUGCCAGGAUGCCUGCACCUUGGAGGGGUCAACCCCAAUCUCCUCCCUCUUCCCCUGGGUUCUUCUCCCCCUGCUCGCUCUGUGGCUGCCUGGGCGACCGGGAGGUAGAGAAGGAAGUGCCAACAGCAGUCAGUCAGUCCCAGCACAGAGACUUGAAAAGAGGAAGAUCCAGAAGAACAUAG